GAAGUGACCUAAUCUCACUGAAAUACGCAGCCUGGCUCGUGUGGAAGAUUGUAAAUAAAACUGAGCUCAACAAGUUAUCUGUUUACAGCGUAUUGGAUUUUACCCUGACUGCUAAUAAAUUGUCUUUUAUUCACUUGAGAGGAUCUUUAAAUAUGGUGUGUUGUGAAAACAGCUGACAGCAGUGGUCUGGAGUGGUGGAUCAUCUGGGGGCUGCCACUAUGGCAGAGGUCACCGGUGGUAAUACGAUGUCGAGACAGGGUCCCUACAUAAGCAUCAUAACAAACCGCACAACUAACCUGCUGAUCCGGGGGGCCAUGCUGUUUGGCGUUGGUGUGUUCUUGGCGCUGGUGCUUAACCUACUGCAGGUGCAGCGUAAUGUCACUCUCUUUCCUCCUGAUGUCAUGAGUAGCAUCUUUUCUUCAGCGUGGUGGGUCCCACCUUGCUGUGGAACAGCAGCAGCUUUUAUAGGGCUGCUGUAUCCAUGUAUUGACAAGCGUUUAGGGGAACCCCAUAAGCUGAAACGCGAGUGGUCCAGUGUGAUGCGCUGUGUGGCUGUCUUUGUUGGUAUUAAUCAUGCCAGUGCUAAAGUGGACUUUGCAAAUAAUGUGCAGCUCUCUCUGACCCUGGCUGCGCUCUCAGUGGGAUUAUGGUGGACCUUUGACAGGUCACGCAGUGGCUUUGGCCUAGGAGUUGCUAUUGCGUUUCUCGCGACUCUCACAACACAGCUACUGGUGUACAAUGGAGUGUUUCAGUAUACAUCUCCCGACUUCCUGUACAUUCGAUCUUGGCUGCCAUGCAUCUUUUUUGCUGGUGUGAUUACGAUGGGAAAUAUAGGACGACAACUUGCUCUUUAUGAGUGUAAAGUUGUUCAAGAAAAGAUUCAUCAGGACUAAAGCAUCUCAUACCAUGGAUGUACAAAUGAUGGAACCUGCACAAACUUUUACAGUUAUAAAGAGCUGCUUUCUUACAGAAGAUAAAGGACAACCAAUGUCUGCAUUUGAAGAUGAGGGCAGAUCUAUUUUGGAGAUCAGUGCAUGUUUACUGGCUGCUGAUUCAUUCUCUCUGAAGCUAAAAAAAAAAAAAAAAUGGGAUUAAUUGAUUGAAACAUCUCUGCAAAGUGUUUUCUUUAACUCGCAUAUGCACCUGUCAUAUACGAUGUGCCAAAAUGGCUCAAAUGAGUCAUUUCUUUCUGGAAUGUUAAUUUAUGAGCACAUUUUAUAUAUAUAUAUA